AUGGCUUCUCUUGUUGGGAUUUAUCAAUUCCUAUCAUCACCUGAUGCAAAGGUGUGGCUAAAGGAGCACCUGAUUGACUUGAAGUUGUACGAGGCAAGAGUUGAGGAUUUGACAGCUGUUGUUCCAAAACUGAAGAGAGAGAGAGAAAGGGUUCAACAUAGAGUUGAGGAGGAAGAAAGUCGUCAUGGGAGAGGAAUUUCAGAUGAAAUUAAAGAAUGGAUAAAACGGGUGGAUAAAGUGAUUUCUGAGCAUGAGGAUUUUGAUGGAGAUCAUGAAUGCCAUGAACUUGCUGCGUUGGACUUCUUUACAAAUGGUUACCUUCCUAAGCCAGGGAUAAGGUAUCGUCGAAGUAGAAAAGCAAAUGAUAUUAUAGGAAAGGUUAAUGGAUUACUGCAAAAGGCGCCAAAGUUUGAUUCGUUUUCAUAUUGGCUUGGCCCACCCUCCAUGGAAUCCUUUUUCUCUAAUGUUGAUUAUGAAAGACUUCCAUCAAGAGAUGAAGCUAUGGAAAAGAUUAAGACAGCAUUGGAAGACCCAAGUGUUAGAAUAAUCGGGCUUCAUGGGUUGAGUGGUGUAGGCAAGACCACUUUGGUCAAAGAACUAGCCAAGGAUUUCUUGGAAGCUAACACAUUUAAAAGAGUCAUCAUGGCAAACGUAACAAGGAAUCCAGACAUAAGAAAAAUUCAAGGACAAAUUGCUGACAUGUUAGGGAAGCAAUUAGAUGGGGAAAGUGACAUUGCUAGAGCUGAUCAAAUAAGAAACAGAUUAAAGAAUGAGAAGGAGGGCACCCUUAUAAUCCUAGAUGACCUUUGCGAGAAAUUGGACUUCAACAUGCUAGGGAUUCCAUCAGUGAACAAUAAUAAUGAUUAUGGCUCGAUGAAUGUGAAAGAAGGAACAUCACUAGGCGCUGUGAUGGGGAAACCGGAAAAAAACAAGGGUACUUCCAAAGUGAUGAAACCGAAAACAACCUCUGGUGCUUCCAAUAGGAUGCAAACAGACGAAACUCAUUACAGAGGGUGCAAAGUUUUGUUGAUUUCUGAAAUCAAACAAGUACUAUUAAGCCAAAUGGGAGGGAAGGAGAGCUCUAUUUUUCAAUUGGAGGCCUUGAAGGAAAAUGAACCAAAGAUACUAUUCACGAAAAUGGCUGGAAUAAAUGAGAGAAAUUUUGAAUUUGUAAAAUUAGCUGCUCAAAUUGCUGACAAAUGCAAUGGAUUGCCAAUGUUGAUAGUUACAACGGCAAAGGCAUUAAAAAAUCAAAGCCGGUCAACGUGGGAGGAUGUUCGUCGACAACUUGAAUGGCAAAAGUCAACAGGGUCGCCUGAGUUUUCUACAAAGUUGAGUUAUCAGCUUUUAGAAGAUGAGGAGCUCAAGUACACUUUCUUACUUUGUGCUCGCAUGGGUCAUGACACAUUACUUAUGGAUUUGGUGAAAUACUGCGUUGGUUUGGGUUUUCUUCAAGGAAUCUACACAGUAAGGGAAGCCAGAGAUAGAGUGUAUUCAUUGGUUGGAAAGCUAAAGGGGUCUGGUUUGUUGUCUGAUAGUUAUUCAACUGAUCAUUUUACCAUGCAAGAUAUUGUUCGUAGUGCGGCUUUGUCAAUAGCAUCCAAGGAUAAGCAAGUAUUUACAAUGACAAAGGCAAAAGUAGAUGAAUUGCAUGACAAAUUUCGAAGGUAUGCUGCUAUUUCCUUACAUCAUUGUGAUAUCAUUGAAGGCUUUCCUAGGAGAAUAAAUUGCCCAAAACUUACAGUCUUCCAUGUCAACAAUAUUUAUCCACAUUUGGAAAUACCUGACAACCUUUUUCAAGGAAUGAAAGAACUCAAAGUGUUGAUAUUGACUGGCUUUCAUCGAUCCCCCUUACCUCCAUCAAUUAGAUUCUUAACAAAACUCCGAAUGCUUUGUUUGGAGCAAUGUGUGCUAGGUAAGGACUUAUCCUUCAUAGCUGUGAUGAAAAUGUUAAGAAUUCUUAGCUUUUCAGGAUCUGAUAUUGAGAAAUUGCCAGUUGAGUUGAUGCAAUUAACAAAUCUUCAAAUUUUUGACAUAAGUAAUUGCUUCAAACUUAAUCACAUUCCUUCCAAUGUAAUAUCCAGUUUGAUUAGUUUGGAAGAGUUGUAUAUGAGAAACACUUUGAUUCAAUUCAAGGUUGACCAACAAACAAAACAAAGUUUAGGUGUUCUUCUAUCUGAGUUAAGGCAUCUGAAUCAGUUGACAAUUUUAGACAUACAAAUUCCGUACAUUGCCCAAUUGCCGAAGAACUUGUUCUUUGACAAGUUAUAUAGUUACAAGAUUGUUAUUGGAGAAUUGAAUGCAUAUUUAGAGACAGAUUUCAAGAUGCCCGAGAAGCAUGAAAGAUCAAGAUUUUUGGCAAUACAGUUAAAAAAGGCCUUCGACAUUCAUUCUCAAAUAGGUAUAAAAAUGUUGUUCGAUAGAGUUGAAAAUUUGUUGCUGGAAGAUCUCGAAGGCGUCCAAGAUUUAUUUUAUAGAUUGAAUUUGAAGGGAUUUCCAUAUCUAAAAUCUCUGUCAAUUGUAAAUAAUUCUCAUAUUCUAUCUCUCAUUGAUCCAAAGAAGAGAAGGCAGCAUCCUGAGAAGGCUUUCCCCAAAUUAGAGUCAUUGUAUCUCUAUAAUCUCAAGAAAAUGGAAAGACUAUGCUCUUGUAGACUUUCAGCACCCUCCUUCACCAAAUUAAAAGUCAUCAAGAUCAAUCUUUGUAGUGAAUUAAAGAAUAUCUUCUUAAUUUCUAUGGUUAAACUUCUAAUUGUUCUUGAAACAAUUGAAGUUUCUGAAUGUAACUCUUUGGAUUACAUUGUCGAUGUGGAACAACAUAAUAAUCGCAAUGAAGAGCUUAAAUUUCUUGAGUUGCGCUCUUUGACACUACGAUCUUUACCCCAAUUUGUUGGCUUUUCAUCGAGGGCAAUAGGAGGGAUAUUCAACGAAAAGGUUGUAGUUUCCAAAUUAGAGAGAUUGGAGUUGUCCUUAAUUCAAAGUGACAGAAUAUGGAGUAAAGAAGCUUCGCUAUGUUCCUAUUUUCAAAAUUUGAGACACUUGGAUGUGAAUUAUUGUUGGAAUUUAACAAAUUUGUUGUCAUUUUCAAUGGCCAAGAGUAUGUUGAAUCUUCAAAGCCUUUUCGUAAGCGAAUGUGAGAACAUGGAAUGCAUUUUUGUCGAAGGUGCAGGUAGUAGUUAUCUUGGUAAAAUGAAGGAUAGACUCUUUCCAAAUUUGAAGAAUAUAAAAUUGACUAGCAUGAAGAGUUUAAGUGAGAUAUGGAAUUCUGAAGUCCCUCCAGAUUCCUUCGCAAAGCUGGAGACUUUGAUAAUCGAGAAGUGUGAUAAAUUAGUCAAUGUUUUUCCUCUUUACAUGGAGAAAAUGUUUCAAAGUCUAUGCACCUUGAGGGUUACUAAUUGCAAGUCCAUGAAAGCUAUAUUUGACUUAAAGAACAAAAGGCGAGAUGCUGGGAAUGUAACCAACUUGCAAGAUGUUCAUUUAGAAACACUCCCGAAAUUGGAAAAGAUAUGGAAAGACAAUCAGGAAGGGGCUCUUAAAUUGAAUAACCUGCAAAAAUUACGGGUUCGCGAUUGUGACAGCUUAAAAAAUAUAUUUCCAUUUCCCGUGGCCCAUUGUCUUAAUAAUCUUGAAUAUCUUAUGAUAUUGGAUUGUUUUGAAUUGAGGGAAAUUGUUGCCAAGCGGGAAGGUAUCAAAAUCGAUGGAAGCAGACCAACUCCAACUCCAGCACCAGCACCAACACCAACACCAACACAAAAACCAUUUUUGUUUCCUAAACUAAUGACAGUCAAAUUUUCAAACCUACCAAAACUCAAGUGUUUCUAUCCAGAAGUUUAUGAGCUAAGUUGUCCUGCUUUGAAGGACCUGUCUAUUGAACUUUGUGACAAGCUGGAACCAUUCGAAAAAGAAAGUGCAGAUGCUCAUCCAAGAAAGCCUAUCUUUCCUGAAGAGGUAAUCAAUAAGCUCAAGGCCAUACAAAUUGAGUUGUGGCAUGCAAAUUCGUCCAGCAGCUACAUGGGGGAGGGGAACUAUCGAAGCAAUAACUUAGAAGAGCUUCAGUUAUCAAAAUUUAUGAAUACUGAGAUUCUAUAUUCUUUCCUUCAUAACAAUCCUAAUCUACAAAGCCUCUCAUUGAACAAUUGCUCCUUUAAAGAGAUAGUGCCUCUUAAAAGGCGUCCUGAAAUUCAGAACUUAGGGGUUGUUCCAAAGCUGAAAAGCCUGAAGUUAAUAGACUUACCUAUGCUUGAGAAGAUAGGCUUUGAACGAGACAUAGUCCUUCAAAGAAUAGAGAGCUUGAUUUUAAAGAAUUGUCCUUCUUUAGACACUAUAGUGCCUUCCUCGGUUUUUCUAGCUCACUUGACAUAUUUGGAAGUGGUUGAAUGUAAUGGAUUGAGAAACUUAAUGGCCCCAUCAACUGCUAUGGGUCAACUCAACAUCAUGAAAGUAAUGAAAUGUGAAUCUUUGGAGCAAAUUGUAAGGGAUGAAGGAACAGAUGCAGACAAAGUUGAGAUUGUUUUCAAACAAUUGAGAACUCUAGAACUUGUGUCACUGAAGAACCUCAAAAGCUUCUGCAGCUCUGAGAGUUGUGUCUUCGAGUUCCCGUCAUUGGAGAAAUUAGUAAAGUGUUUUGAAGGUAUGGAGGAAAUGAAUUUUUCCGAACAUCCUGAGUUACAAAAAGCUUGGCAAUCAAAUGAUGCUCAACUGCUAGAGAAUUGGUUUUCGAGCUUGACGACUUUGAAGCUGGUCGAAUGUAAAAUUCAACCCUAUGCAGUUCCAUCGAAUAUUCUUCCUUGCUUAAUGAGCUUAAAAGAAUUGGAGGUACAUAAUUGCAAGAAAAUAAAGGCAAUUUUUGACAUGGAAAACCGAGAAGACACAAUAUUCCAAUUGAAGAAUUUGAGUUUAAAAGAGCUACCGAAGUUAAGACUUGUGUGGGAAAAGAACGGUCAAGGAAUUCUCAGCUUUCAAAAUCUGCAACAUGUCUUUGUCAGUGGUUGUAAAAGGUUGCCGACUCUGUUUCCUGUGGCCCUGGCCAGAAACCUUAAGAAGCUCGAGAAACUUGAAAUCCAAUCUUGUCAUAAGUUGUUUGAAAUUGUUGAAAAGGAAAAAGCAGCAGCAACAGCAGAGGUGCCAGAAGAGUUUGUGUUCCUCCGUUUGACCGUGUUAAAUCUUUAUGACUUGCCACAAUUAACUCACUUUUACCCUCAAACAUUCACUGUGGAAUGCCCCGCUUUAAGUAAUUUAACUGUAUUGGAUUGUGGUGUGUUUGAGGUAUUUCAAACUCCGGAAGACGAACAUUCCACAGCAGAGGGUGAAGGUAGUAGCAUUUCAAUUAAUAGACAACCCCUUUUCUCAAAUCUAAAGGUCAUUGCCAAACUUGAGGAGUUGUCACUCGAUUGGAAAUACACUUCGAUAUUACGGUCUUGGAUAGCGUCUGGACAAUUUGAAGAAAACCUCAAGUAUUUGAACGGUCUUUCUCUGUUCUUUGAUUGCCAUGAUGAUGACACGCCUAAUUUUCCUAUUCAAAUUCUUGAAAAGGCUCCCAAUUUAGAACAAAUGAGUCUAGAAUAUUGCAAGAAACCUGAGAUAUUCCUCACUCAAAACCCCGUUAAGGACGGGAUGCUUGAACAGUUGAAAGAAUUGGCAGUGAACGUAGUAUCAGAUCUCCCUUCCAUUGGAUCAAAUGGACCAUCAUUGUUAAAUGCAAUCUGCGAGAGGCUCCACCAAUUAUAUGUUUUCGAUUGUUCUGAUUUGAGAGCAGUCGUAGAUUCUUCUAGUACAGUAUCUUUCGCCAAUCUAAAAAUAUUGUUUAUAUCCGAAUGUCCUAAAUUGGAAUAUUUAAUCACAUCCUCAGCAGCAGAAAAGUUAAAGCACCUUGAGGAGUUAAUGGUCGUUAAUUGUGAAUUACUGAAGGGAAUAGUGGCGAACGAGCAAAACCAACCAACUUCAGGAGUGAUUGAAUUUAAGCAGCUAGACUCUAUAAGCCUAAUUUCUUUAUCAAAACUGGAAUGUUUUUAUUCAGGCACUGCCACUUUGGAUUUACCAUCUCUGAUACAAGUUCAAAUAUUACAGUGCCCAGAUAUGAAAUAUUUCUCACAAAAUUUGAAAGUUGGAAAAUCUUUUAGAGGAAUUCAAGGUUCAGACAAUGUAAAUGAUGAUUUGAUCUGGGGUGAUAAUUUCAACUCCUCGGUAGAAAAGGUGUCUCUUCUACAACGGGAUAAUUUAUAUUUCAAGGAUUCUCCAAUGUUGAAAGAGAUAUGGCUUGGGUCAGAGAUAGCCCUAAGUUGGUGUUUCAGCAAUUUAAGUAGUUUAGUUUUGGAAGGAUGUGAUUUUUUAUCAAAUGCAAUUCUACCCUCUCAUUUGCUUCCUUUAUUAAGAAACUUGAAAAAAUUGCAAGUACGGGAAUGCAAUUCUAUUAAGGCAAUAUUUGAUCAUAUAAUGAUGAUUAAUGGGAAUGGGGGACCUAAUGGAAAUUACAACCUUCCACUUCUGAAAAACCUUAGUGUGGAAAACUGUGAAGGGUUAGUACAAUUUGUUGCAAAGGAUGAAGCAACCGUUGAAGAAGCAAAUAAAGAGCUUAUAAUUUUCCAGAAAUUAACCUCAUUGAAGCUGCUGAAUUUGCCAAAUCUGAGGUGCAUUUAUCCUGGAAUAGGCAUUCUAGAAAUGCCUAAGUUAAGAAAAUUAGAUGUUUCUUCAUGUCCUCGUUUGACAACAUUAGUACAUUCUACUUCUACUGUAUCUUCCUCUAAUCUAAAAUUCUUUUACCUAUCCAAAUGUGGUGGAUUGGAGUAUUUAUUCACAUCCUCAACGGUAAAUAAGUUCAACUGCCUUAAGCAUUUCAGUGUUGAGGAAUGUGAAUCGAUGAAAGUAAUAGUGGCUAAAGAGCAAGGUGAUACAAGUUCAGAAGUGAUCAAAUUUGAGCGACUAGAAUUGAUGGUUCUAAGCUCUUUAUCAAGCCUAGAAUGUUUUUAUUCAGGCAGUGCCACUUUGGAGUUAUCAUCCCUGACAGCAGUGCAAAUAUUGCAGUGCCCAAAAAUGGAAAAUUUCUCUAUGGGAUCAACAGAUGCAAAAUCUUUUACUGGAAUUCAAGUUUCCACUGACUCAAAUGAUGAUUUGGUCCUCCACAAUGAUAUUAAUGGCUCAGUGAAACGGAUCUUUCUACAACAGGAUCAUUUAGCUCUCGGGGAUUCUCGUAUGUUGCAAGAGAUAUGGCUUAAGCCGGAGCCACUCCCAAGCUGGUGUUUCUGCAAUUUAAAUUCUUUGAUCAUUGAAGGCUGUGAAUUUUUAUCAAAUGGGAUACUACCAUGUCAUUUACUUCCUUUCCUUAGUAACUUGGAAAAGUUGCAAGUUCAAAAAUGUAAUUCAGUGGAGGCAAUAUUUGAUCUGACACAGAUGAAUAAUAUGGAACCUGCUUCUGUUCCCCUCUCCAUUCCCUUAAAGAAACUGAUUUUGGAUCAGCUUCCAAUUCUGAAGCAUGUUUGGAAUGGAGAUCCUCAAGUAAGUCUCAAUCUUCCAUUUUUGGAAGAAGUUUUGGUUAAUGAAUGUGACAGCAUAAAAGGUUUGUUUCCAGCAUCAGUGAUUAACAAUAAACUACAAAAACUUCAUGUGGAGAACUGUGCGGAGUUGGUGGAAAUUGUUGUAAAGAAUGAAUUAGCCGUAGAAGAAACAAAUAAAGAGCUUGUUAUAUUUCCAAGCUUAACCUUGUUGAAGCUAUGGAAUUUGCCAAAACUGAGGUGCAUUCAUUCUGGAAAGCACAUGCCAGAGUGGCCUAUGUUAAAAGAAUUACAUGUUUUUCAUUGUCAAAUGCUGAAGUUUUUUGCAACAGAUUUUCAAAAUUCUACUAAUUCACAUUCAGAGGGUCAAGAUAGUUUUCCCACAGACCAGCAAGCCAUUGUCUCGCUCGAAAAGUGCUUUCAUGACAAAUCAGAUGUAUUUCCAUUUAUUUUCCAUUCAAAGGUGUCACUGCCCAAUAUUGAAAAACUUGGAGUGCUUCACAGUGCCUUCGAAGAGAUCUUUCCCACUGAAACACCUGACACAAAUCGUACUAUAAUCCUUUCACAUCUUAGAGUAUUGGAGCUACGAAGAAUGUCUCAUCUUAAAUCCAUAGGGUUUGAACAGUCCUGGAUGAGCCCCAUCCUUCAAAAUCUAGAAGACUUAUUGGUUUGGGAAUGUCAUUGUUUGACAAACUUAACACCAUCCAGUGUGUCUUUCUCCAAUCUGAUAAAGCUUAAUGUAAAUGAUUGUUGUAGAUUGGAAUACUUGUUCACGUCUUCAACUGCCAAAACAUUACAUCUGCUGAAGGAGAUGCAUGUAACCAACUGUAUAUCCUUAAAAGCAAUAGUGGCUAAAGAUCAAGAUGAAAAAGCAAAUACAGAUAGUGAUGAAGAUCAAGAAAAAGAAGCAAAUGGGAGUGCCACUUUGAAUUUGCCGUCUUUGAAAGAAAUGUCGUUCACCCAUUGCCACAGAACAAAAGUUUUCCAUCUUGGUGAUGCAGUACCAAAGGAAUUGAAAGUCACAAUAGACGGUGUCCAUUGGGAAGGUGAUAUAAAUUCUGUGAUCAAGCGACAGUCUGAAAAGGAGGCAGCCUGA